AUGGCCAUGCAAGCUCCCCUUUGGCUCUACUUUCCUCAGAAUAAUCAAGCUUUACAAGUCAUCCAACUCCCUACUGACAAUCAUCCCCUGGAGGGGCUUAAUGGACGUUACGUACUCCUUGGGUAUCUAGCUCACAACCACUGCCAAGUUUCACCUCUUUAUGGCCCGGAGUGUGAGAUGGUACCGGCCAUCUCCUCGGGCUUUAGCAAUGUAAACCUACCCAUAGUCGGAAUCUUAGCUAUCCCUCAGGGUUCAGGGGGCACAGAUUUCCAUACCGUGUAUGAAAGACAGGAUGCCCCAGUAAGGUGUGGCUCUUUUCCUCCUCCAGCUUCGCUUGCUGCCAUGGAGGUAGCACCUAUCUCGCACACGUUACAGCUCUUUGGCCCUGCUAUGAUAGAAGAAGACCUGGCGUCGUUGAUGCCAUCCGUUACGCCAAGUCUUGUUGGCGACAUCGAAUACGACUACUCCUGCUACACUGACGAUUCGCUGAUGCAGUUUGAAACAAAUUCCAUUGACUUCGACCCCAUCGCUACAUUUCCCCCCGUCGCCAAUCCGUCAACUGUGUUUCACCAGGACCUUAUCUGGCAAGAAAUGAAUCAUACGACAUUGCAAGAACUUCAUGAGACCCCACUACUGGUAGAAACUCAGACUGGUAACCAAUCCAUUGGAUGGGAUGUCCUUCGCUUGACGUUUUCCAAGUACGUUGAGUCCCGGAAUGUAGAAAUGCACAAGGUCAUCCGAGGCUGCAUUCUCUCCAACACUGGAUUUUCAGGCAUCGAGAAAGCUGACCAAGAUGCCAAGGUGCAACAAGCUAUCUCAGAAAUCGUACAGCUAUACAUGUUUAGUGAAUUGGUCUGGGUAUCUGUGUUUCAGUAUAGCAGCAGCUUGGCUGAGGGUAACCGCCAAGGGAGAAUUGCGGAUCUCUUUCCCGAGGAAAUCCAAGGUCAAGAUGGCCUACUAGGCUCAGCGCUAGUUGUGACUUUGCUGACUGUGAUAUACCGUGCACUUCAUAUUUGGCUCCCAGAGAGAACUCCAGGGCACAAACUAUCUGUCAUCCAUCAGAUCAUCGUGGCAUCAUUGGGAAAAAUGGUUGCAAAUGUCCUACCCAUCAAGGUCAAAUUAUUGGAGCCCAAAAUGUCCGUGAAUGACAACCGGUUAAGAAACAUGAACGAUGUUUUACCUAUUGUAACGUAUGCAAGAGACCCUACUCACCCCGGCCUUCCUAAUUCGGUAUUCACCUCCUUACACUCGCAAAGAGCCAUGCGGGAAGUCGAUGGUUCAUGCUUCCGAGGUGGACUUUGA